CGCCCCCUUGCCCCCACAGGUGGCCUCUUGGGGAUGCCGGACACUCGCGAGGGCCUGGGCUGGACCGGCCACCUGGUGACCCUGAACGUGGGCGGGAAACUCUACAGCACGACGCUGGGGACGCUGACCCGCUUCCCAGACUCCAUGCUGGGGGCCAUGUUCCGUGGGCCACGGCCAGCCCUCCUGGACAGCUGCGGGAACUACUUCAUCGACCGGGACGGCAAGGCCUUCCGCCACGUCCUGAACUUCCUCCGCUUCGGCCGGCUGGACCUUCCGGAGGGCUACGCCGAGCUCUCCCUGCUGCGGGCCGAGGCGGACUUCUACCAGAUCCGUCCCCUCCUGGAGGAGCUGCGGCGGGUCGAGGCGGAGCGGUGGCGCCAGCGGACCAACGCGGUGCUCCACGCCGACGUGGACCAGCGCCUGCGCCAGCUGCACUUCAAUGUGCGCCGUGGGCCACAGAACUACGAGCUCAGCUCUUGCCGCCUGGAAAUCUUCACCGCCAACGUCUUCUGCACGGACAGGCGCUUCCUGGCCGUCCUGAGGGGACACUUGGGCCGCCCCGAACGCGCCAACAGGAGUUCGGACGAGGGGCCUUCCGGGAGGACGCCAGCCUGGUCUCAGAGAGGGCCAGGGCUUCCCAAAGCUCACACGGCCAACGGAGGAUGUAAGAGGCAGCGGGACAGUUGGUCGCCUGAUGGCGAUCUGAGAAUUUGCCUGGGCGAUUCCACGGAUGAAGAUGCGGAAACAGACGAUGAGAUGCUGGACUGUUCUUCGGAAACUUCCCAUGCGGAAACCGCGAUGUGCCACCACCUUUGCUUAGAGUGGGCCCCGUGCCCACCUGCUCUGCCAGCUGCAGAGUAUGCCAAACAGAAGCUGCACCCCCUGCGUGUGGAUGGCAGGGAGAUCAGAUCCUCCAGUGAGUUCCUGGAAGAGGUGCUGAAGGCGGCGCUUGCGCAGGGCUUCCGAGUGGAUUCGGUCUUCCCUGACCCCGCAGAUAUCCUGAGUGCCCGCUCUUUGCGGUUCGUGCGGCAUUGAACAUCUGAGCCAAACAGCGGGGGGAGAGGUAGCCUGCGGCAGCCAACCCCACCUCACAC